AUGGCAUCGCUUCAGGUGCCAAUGCGUGGGAAGUCGGGCAAGUCGCCGACGACGAAGGCGGUGAUAUUGGUUGGCGGACCAUCGAGAGGAACAAGAUUCCGACCACUGUCUCUUGACCUCCCAAAGCCUCUCUUCGAGGUCGCCGGCCACCCCAUCAUCUCCCACUGCUUCGCCGCCAUCACCAAGCUCCCCGAGAUCCGCGAAGUCUUCAUCGUCGGCUACUACGACGAGUCCGUCUUCCGCGACUUCAUCAAAGACUGCUCGCGCUCGCACCCGUCCAUCUCGGUCCGCUACCUGCGCGAGUACCAAGCCCUCGGCACCGCCGGCGGCCUCUACCACUUCCGCGACCCCAUCCUCAAGGGCCGCCCCGACCGCUUCUUCGUCCUCAAUGCCGAUGUCUGCUGCUCCUUCCCGCUGGAGCAGAUGCUGCGGCUGUUCGAAGAGAGGGACGCCGAGGCGGUGAUAUUGGGGACGCGGGUGCCGAAUGAGGCGGCGACGAACUUUGGGUGCAUUGUGAGUGAUGCGCAUAGUAAGAGGGUGUUGCAUUAUGUAGAGAAGCCGGAGAGCCAUAUCUCGAACUUGAUCAACUGUGGGGUGUACUUGUUCUCGACCGAGGCGAUCUUUCCUAGCAUCAAGAGCGCCAUCAAGCGUCGCUCGGACAGGCCACGGCUAGUCAGCUACCCUUCCUCGGACGCGCUGGACAACCAGUACCUCCCACCGCAAGACGACGACGACGAAGACGGCGAGAAGAACGAAGUCAUCCGCCUCGAGCAGGACAUCCUCUCCGACCUCGCCGACAGCCGCCAGUUCUUCGUGCUCGAGACCAAAGACUUCUGGCGGCAGAUCAAGACCGCCGGCUCCGCCGUCCCGGCCAACGCCCUCUACCUCACCAAAGCCUUCCAGCAGCAGUCCGAGGAGCUCGCGAAGCCCUCCGCCACCAUCCUGCCGCCCGUCUUCAUCCACCCGACAGCUCGUGUGGAUCCGACAGCCAAGCUGGGCCCGAACGUCAGUAUCGGCCCUCGCGCGGUCGUCGGUGCUGGCGUCCGGAUCAAGGAGUCGAUCGUGCUCGAGGAUGCUGAAGUGCGGCACGAUGCUUGCGUGCUCUACUCCAUCAUCGGCUGGAGCAGUCGUGUCGGUGCAUGGGCGCGAGUCGAGGGUACGCCAACACCAGUACGCGAGCACAAUACCAGUAUUGUGAAGAACGGCGUGAAAGUGCAGAGUAUCACGAUCUUGGGCAAGGAGUGUGCGGUGGCGGACGAGGUGCGCGUGCAGAAUUGCGUGUGCUUGCCGUUUAAGGAGUUGAAGAGGGACGUCCAGAACGAGGUGAUCAUGUAA